AUAAGUGCCCAUUUUGUGGAUUCUAUUUAGAGCACAGCAACACUCUAGUAUCUGAGCAAGCAAGUGGGACAGGAAGAUCUCUGUGUCCGUGGAAGUAUGUCACUCAAACAGCAGCACUAUAGACGGUUGAUGAAAGAGCAAAAGGCAAAGGCUUCCUCUGUGCAGAAGAUUGACCACCCUCUAGCCAAGUACAAUGCUCUUGGACAGCUGACGUGUGUGGUGUGCACGGCAACGGUCAAGACAGAGCUCUUGUGGAGCACACACAUUCAGAGUCGUAAGCACAAGGACAAUGUGGCAGCACUGAAGAGCAAAACAUUGACCAGUAACACUAAACGCAAGAAUCCAGAACCAGAUGUUGAGAUUCCUCCAGAACCUUCUUUUAAGAAGCCCAAGACUGCAGUGAGAACUUCCGCUCUACCUCCUGACUUCUUUGACUCCAAUGUAGCCAAGGAGACGGUGACCAGUCAGAAAACAGGACCAUCCAAACACCCUGAGGGCGUUCCAACUGAUUUCUUUGACAAAAUGCCAAAAGCUGAAGACAAUGUCUGGCCACAGAAAAAGCAGUCAAAAGCCGAGUCCACUAAAGAUGCCGAUCCACCCUCUAAAAACGCGUCCUUGCCCGAGGGCUUCUUUGACGACCCCAAGAGAGACGCAAAGGCACGCAAGGUUGAGUACAAGGACCCUGAGUUGCAAGAAUGGGAGAAGUUCCAGAAGUCCAUUCAGAAGGAAGACGAUGUCUCGGAUGCCCUGAUUUUGGAGAUAGACAUGGAUUCAAAGGAGGACAGAGAAGAAACGGAGGUCCAAGAGCAAGCGUCGUGUUUCCUGAGAGCAGAGAAACUGCGUCAGAGACAGGAAGCACUGUCCAAAGCCACACCCACCAGUGACCCCCACAGAGAGGACGUGGGAGAUGAGGAGAGUGACAGCGAUGAACUAGAUCUGGACAAUCUAUUAGACUGGAGAGCUAAAAUAUCAUGAAUAAAAUAAACUGAGCUAAUUUCUGUAAUAUUCACGCACUCCCGAUAUGACUCUGUUAAUAAUUUCUUCACUUACUGUUCUGUUAUUAAAAAUAAAGAAGAAUUUUUUUCUAA